AUGGCCCUGCGGCCCGGCCCCGGCGACGAGCGGGGCCCCGCGGGCGGGCGGCGGGGAGCGGGGCCGCGGUGGUGGCCGAGGGAUUGCUGCAGCGGGCUGGGCGGCCUGGACUACGGGCAGGUGGAUGUUACAGCCAUGGCGCAGCUCUUCGGCUACGUGGACAUGACCGACUCCGGCUUCAUUGCAGCCAUCCUCUCUAUCGCCUUCAACCCUUUCUUCUGGAACGUGGUGGCGAGAUGGGAGCACAAAACGCGAGCGCUCAGCCGGGUCUGCGGCUCUCCACACACCGCCUGUUACUGCCUGGGCACUGUUAUCCUGAUGCUCAACUGCGUGCGGAGCCACUGCUUCACAGAAGCCAUGAAGAGCCAGCCGAAGCUGGAGGGCUUGGACAGCCACUGGGCCUAUUACUCAGGCUUGGUCGUCUUGGCUGUAGGGACCUUGUUUGUCAUCUCCAGCUUCUUAGCACUGGGAUUCACCGGGACUUUCCUAGGUGAUUACUUCGGCAUCCUGAUGGAGGCAAAAGUCACCAGCUUCCCCUUCAGUGUCCUGGAUAAUCCCAUGUACUGGGGCAGCACGGCCAUCUACCUGGGCUGGUCCCUCAUGCAUGCGAGCCCAGCUGGCCUUUUGCUGACAGCUGUAGUGGCAAUUUCCUACACAAUUGCAGUGCUCUAUGAGGGGCCUUUCACAGAAGAAAUCUACCGGCAAAAACAGAAGGGAGCAAAGAACAAGUAACGACGGCAGUGUCUUGGAUACCUCGGCGCAGCGUGCCUUUGCGCUCCCCACGCUGUCCGAUUUGCCCACUUUUCCUACCGAGAUGUAUCCUUCUAAUUAGCCCAGCAACCCCUAAUGAGCCAACUGACCACCUUGCAGUAUUGGAAGCAAUCAGAGGAACAGUACGAGCACCUCCUUGCUCAGCCCGUGGAAGCUGGAGAGUCCUGUUCCAAGGUCCCCAGGGCCUCCCGACCUCUCCUCCCGCACCAAUUAUUGAAGAUCUGCAGGGUACAAAGCAACCCAGCUCCAGAGCCGACGGCGAGCAGAAGAGCGAUGGAGGCACCAGGGGCCUUUUGUGAGCGAGCUCUGAGCACACAGGAGCACCGGCUGCAGCUGAUCCUCUGUGCAGAAGGCACUGGAAGCAGGCUGCUCAGGACGGCGAUGCCAGCGGGCAGCCACUCGGUGCUUUUCGGGCAGCUCGCUUCAUCUGGUCGCUCGCUCUGCAGGCUGACACCUCAGAGGGGCUGAUCCUCCGUAGCCCCGCAGCACCUUUGCAAGCAGACGCUGCCAGAGAGGCACGGCUUGGUGCCCCUGGGGCUCUCAGACACUGCCAGGUGAGGAAGAGGGGCAACUGCUGCAAAGCCAACACCAAACCCCUCUUUUCCAGAGCAGUGAAACCUCCCCGUCCACAAGAGCGGUUUUCAACCGGUGCAGAGCCCUGUAGCAUCUCUGUGCUGCUUGCAAAGGGGACUGCAGAGCACGGAGAUGUGAACACACUACCUGAACCACUGCCUGGGAACGGCAGAGGGAUGGCAGCUGUCCCGUGGGGAAGUCCUAGCGCGGAGAAACCAAGCUGGUAGCAGAGAAGACCAAAGGGAAGAGUCAGUUCCCAUCGGGUAUCCGCAGAAGGAGCAGACCUGUCCCUGGCUAUGCCGGUGCCCCAUCCCUCUCUGCACCCCAGGGAUAAACCCCAUCCAUCCCCUGCUUUGCCCCAGGGUCCUGCCCGCCUUCCCCACCACCCAGUGCCUUCCAGCUGUUCUUCACUGCCUUGCAGGGGCGGGAGGGAGGGAGGGAAGGGGCUCUGCCCCUCCGCCCCCGCGAGAUGGGACCAAAUACAGCCUGGGCUCGCCCCGAGCCCGCUGCUGGAUCCGGCCCUGAAUGGGAAGGUCCCAGGGCUGAGGCUCCAGCCCCACACUCAAUGUUUACAGAUUCCCAGAACAGUAUGAGAAAUAAACUGUAAAUGACCAAAAAAAAAAAAAAAA